UGACUUUUAAUUUGGUAAGGCGCUGUGACGUCAUAAGUCUGCACCGCUCUCUUCCAUCUGUUGAGAUUCGGCUGAAGAAUGGUUUGUGUUUUUAAACAUUUACAGUGUUUACAUCAAUGCAAACCGUUCAGUCUGUUUAAUAGUUUUUACAAGCCGUGUAAAGUUAAUUCAUUGACAUUGAUUGUAACAUUGUAGCGCUUUAUCUAUCGAUUAUUAUUCUUUUGAGCAAGUAAAGCUCAUGAAUCAGUUUAUCAUAAACACGAAUUCAAUCAUUGACAAGUAUUGAUGGAGUCAAUUCAAUCAAUUGCUGUGUGUUUGGACUCUAUUACAAAGAUGACGUUUAUUAAAGAGGAGAGAGAAGAUGUGAAGAUUGAAGAAAAAUUCAAUCAAAAUUCAGUCAAACAAGAAGAUACUGAGGAACAAACAGACCUUAUGCAGCUGAAAGAGGAGUGCACAGUACCGAAUGAAACGGAAGAGAAAGAACAAUAUGAGACUCAUCGUGAUUUUAUAACCGGAGAAGAAUCUUUCGGUUGGCCACAGAUUAAAGAGACUUUCUCACAGAAAACAGCUCAUAAAACAGGAACUAAAAGUUAUUUCUCUUCUUUUCACUGUGAAAACAGUCUCAAUGAACAUGGAAACCUUACAGUCAACAUGAGAAUUCACACUGGAGAGAAGCCUUCCAUCUGCCCUGAGUGUGGAAAGAGUUUCAAACAAUAUGGAUACCUUAAAAUCCACAUGAGAGUUCACACUGGAGAGAAGCCUUACACCUGCCAACAGUGUGGAGUCAGUUUCUCUUAUGAAGAAAACCUUAAAGUCCACAUGAGAAUUCACCCCGGAAAGAAGCCUUUCACCUGCCAACAGUGUGGAGUCAGUUUCUCUUAUGAAGAAAACCUUAAAGUCCACAUGAGAAUUCAUACCGGAAAGAAGCCUUUCACCUGCCAACAGUGUGGAAAAAUAUUCAGUAGAGAAAGAAGCCUUAAUGACCACAUGAUAAUUCAUACAGGAGAGAGUCCUUUUAUCUGCCAUCAGUGUGGAAAAAUUUUCAACCGAAAAGAAAGCCUUAACAGACACAUGAGAAUUCACACUGGAGAGGAUUGUUAUGUGUGCCAUCAAUGUGGAAAAAGUUUCAACCGGAAAGAAAACCUUAACAAACACGUGACAAUUCACACUAAAGAAAAACCUUAUACAUGCUCUCAGUGUGGAGAGAGUUUCGAUCUACAUGGAAGCCUUGAAGCCCACAUGAGAGUUCACACUGGAGACAAGCCUUAGACCUGCCCUGAGUGUGAAAAGAGUUUUGGUCAACAUAAAAGCCUUAAAGUGCACAUGAAAGUUCAUACUAGAAAGAGUUGUUUUAUCUGCCAACUGUGUGGAAUGAGCUUCAUUCAUAAAGGAUUCCAUAAUAGACACAUGAGAACUCACACUGAAGAAAAGCGUUACGUGUGGAAAAAGUUUCAGCUGAAAAGGAAGCCUUAAACACAUGAGAAUUCACACAAGAGAAAAACUUUAUACAUGCCCUCAGUGUGGAGAGAGUUUCGAUCUACAUGGAAGCCUUAAAGCCCACAUUAGAGUUCACACUGGAGAGAGUCCCUUCACCUGCCAACAGUGUGGAAAAAGCUUUACUCAAAAAUCAAACCGUAACUGUCACAUGAGAAAAUUACAUGGCAUAUUUUCAAUUCAGUAAUGGUUUUUAAGUCAGUGUGGUUCAGUCCUGAAUAAGUCUCAUCUAUAUUUUUGCAUAUGGCAGAUGUUGCAUCAAACAUUCUAGAUUUUUUACAUUGUGAAUAUAGUGUUUAUUUGCAAAUAUUGCAGUACUUCUUGGCUUGGAUGUUUGGCUGUGUCUUUGUUUUCUGCCUUGUUAUAUCAGUUUGCUAAACACCAAGAGCUUCAUCAAGCCAUUCCCAUAAAAGCAGUCAUCAUUCAAAUUAAUGCACGACUGUACAUUAUCGGUAUAGCAUGUGUGAAAGACUAGCACAAUUAUGAAUUUUUUUAUGACGAAUAAACUUUUCAAUGAGUAAACCUGUCUGUCUAUUAAUGUAUUAUUUUCAAAUUAUUAUUUAAAAUUAUUGUCCCUGGUUUACCAGGGUACUCUUGUAAUAAAGUAACCGUGGUUGGGACAGAUGCGAUCUAAUCCUGUUUACAUGAAAUAAGCCGGCUCCUGAGCAGGUUUAAGCUUAUGGACCUGUUGCUAUGACAACAACUCCGGGAUGAGCUAUGGAAGAACCAAACAAUCCAAGAUCAUGCCAAACCGUCAACAGUAAAAUCCAGCUAACCAAGUUAGCGUCGUACAGUGAAUGGCCCCCGGUAGAC